UUUGUCCAGAGUGAGAGGGAGAAAAGGGAAAAUGGUGAUUGUGAGUUCCGGGAGGGGAGGAAGGGAGGGGUGUAUUUGAGUGUGGUAGAAAUGUUACAACAAUUUAAUGUGUACGGUGGAAGAGGAACUAUGAUGAAGAUGGACGAUGGAAACACGAUGCGAGCAGCUCGUAUUAAUGGGAGGGAGGGAGGGAGAGGGACCGACAGAGAGAGAGCGGGAUAGAGUAGGAAGAGUGGUGGGCAUUAACCAUUAACUAGGUAGGUAUGAGGGGCAGGAAUAAGAGGCGUGUAAUGUAUUGUAGGUACUGUAAUGUAUUGAACGAGUACCGCCAGCACUGCCGCCAGCACCCAGCUCUGGAGACGACGGGGGGGUCUAGAAGGCCUAGGCGGUUCCGGCGCUCACACAAGCCUUUGAGAGGAGGGAAGAGAAGGAAAACGAGGUACCAAGUGGUCCAAGUCACUUACCGACAGGAACAGACAAGUGUGAGUGGGUUGGGCAAUACGAGUAUAGCCUUGCCUUGCGCUUUGAUUAUGAUAUGCUUUGAUGCGGAUCCUACGAUAAUACAAGUAACGACAAUUAACCAGGGUGAGGGUGAGGAUGAGGAUCGAUGCACUAUUCCGGGAGGUGGUAGCGCGCUCUGCUUUGCCUUUUUCGGGUCGGGUCGACUCCUCUCGAGGGAAUCAAUGGGUGAAUGGUGAGGCUGUGAUGAAAAUAGAGAAGUAAGAGAGAGAGAGAGAGAGAGAGAGAAUAGAAAAGAAAUGGAGGAAGGGUUACGGGUGGUAGUA